AUGUCUUCGCGAACCAAGCGCAUCAAGAAGUCGUCCUGGGGCGCCCGGGAGCGGGCCGGGAUGAGCUUCCUCAUCGUGGUGGCGUUCUUCGCCGUCUUCGGGCUGAUCAUCCUGACCGAGGUGCUGAUGAUUGACGAUCGGGGCCGGGCCGGCAGUGUCGUCGUGCGGCACGGCAGCAACGGGGGCCGGUUCGGUGAGUCCGUCCCGGACUACGAUGACGUGAAGGACGACUAUCUCGACGACACGGGAAUCUUCGUGCGAGAGACCAAAUACGGUGGCGCGGUGGUAAAGAACAUAUUGAAGAAUCAGAAAGAUCUGAAACAAUCCUUUGGCAUAUCCGUGCUAACAGAUUCCGCCGAGCCGCGCAACCCGCCCGUCGUGCCCUGGGGCCAGAUGCUUCCGUCGAAGAUCGAACAAACGCUGCCCCGGUACCCGGCCGACACGAAGCCGACGGACGGCUCGUGGGAGAUAGUGAACGGUACCAGGUACAAGUUUUUCGUCUUUUCGGCCUUCUACGAUCGGCGCGACGGCAAGCUGGUGCGUGUUAUCGGGGCCACCAAAACGCGUGGGCCGGAAAAAGUGUGGUGCCGGUUCUGGUACCCGACCGGGGUGAACAGCACCAAGUAUCGAUCGGCCUCGGUGAUGGCUCGGGUGAAGAUCAUCCGUGAGAACUGGAACCUUAAGUACAGCGCGUGCUUUAUCCUGUGCCCUAUCAGAGGCCCCUACCCGGAGAUACCGUACGCAGUGAGCGUGGUUAGUAAAAUACGGGCCGCACCGGGGAAUGUGCUCAUGCUGCGAAACACUGACAACGAUCCCGAUUUCACGAAUCGUACGUUUAGCAACAUUCCGAACAGUAUUGGCGUUUGUGUGAAACCAUUGCAUUUCAACUAUGACCAGGCUUUGUACUUGCUGGAGUUUCUUGAGCUGAACAACUUGCUCGGCGUGAGCCAUUUCACGUUCUACAACCACACGAUCGGACCGAAGGCGUCCUGCGUCCUGCAACACUACGUGAGCGGCGAUCUACCACAGCACAUCACGCCGUACGGGGAAGAAGGACCACCGGCACGGUCGGCAAAUGGAACGGUCCCCGACGUAACUUUAGCGGAAAGCAACGACGUGCACACGCCUACUAAAUACAAUGAAGACAAUACCGCUCAACUGAAGCCAAAAAUCACUGUAAAUAUUUUACCAUGGAACUUGCGGAUGCGAUCGCAGAAGGAGAUACGUACCGAAGGGUUGUUCGCUUCGCUCAACGACUGCUUGUACCGAAGCAUGUACAGAUACUCACAUGUUGCGCUGAUUGACUUGGACGAGUUUAUCAUACCCCACCAUAAUGACACUUUGAUCGAUCUCAUCGCCUGGUUGUCUAAGCGCAUCAACAACCGAAACACGGGCGCCUACUCGUUUCAGAAUGCAUUUUUCUAUCUGCAGUUCGCGGACGACACGCGCAUGUACGAGGGCCACGGUUCGCUCGCGAACCUUCGGGCGGCGCUAACAACGCAGCGGAAAACGCGUCGAAGGUCCAAGCUGCACCCGCAGAAGCAGCGAUCCAAGUACAUCUGCAAACCGGAAGCGGUCAUCGAGGCGGGCAACCACUUCGUGUGGGAAUUCUGCCCCGGCCGAGGCUCGCUGAACGUGCCCGCAGACGCGGCCAUACUGCAUCACUAUCGGGUAUGCGAAUUUGGUGGAGACGACUGCAUCAAAACGCCGUCGCUGGUGGACCGAACUGCGCACCGGUAUACGAAGCGGUUGCUGGACCGCGUUGGUACCGUGUACAGCUUCCUGAAGGAUACCUGCAAUCUGCCCGACAUUCCGAAGGCACCGACGAAGCCACCACCGACACGCAAGAAGGAGCUGAAAAUCCGAGUGCCGAUUCGGCCCGAAAGUGACAAGAAACCUACGGAGGACGUAAAGGCGGAAUCAAACGGUGCGACGGUGCUUGCCCAAGUUGCCGCAACCACGACGCAGGCACAUGCGGCCGCAAUUGAAGCUAUUCUGAAGACGCGUUGAUCCACGGUACACUCUUCGGAGUAUCCGGGGAUGUGCCGCACGUCAAGGGAGAAGCUCACUAGACAGUUAUAAUUUUUCAGCAGCUUUUGCUAAUCCUGUAACGUAGAUAGCGGAAGGAAACGCUGAAGAAACGGCAAGUGGCGCUGAAGGCUGCAAUUGGAAGGCGCGCGCCUCGCGAUCGCCUAUCGUUUACGUAAAAAAAGAAUUAUGGAUUUAAUGUGUUUUUUAGGAGGUGACUUUCGACACGUUUCAUACUUUCGACAACUUGCUCUGCCUGCAAACUGCACGGUCGGAAGGCGGUAGCAAACCCGCGUAGCGUGAAUCUACGACAAGCAAUGGAACUCGUUCGUGCUCAACAUAGGCCACAGUUAGACGCUUCGGAGCGUAGAGGUACAUUAGAGGCAACACAGUAAUGCAAUUUCUAGCGGCAAACAAUUUUCAAAUUCUUCCACGGAUCGCCACCCGCCUGUGGCGAAACACGCUAGGACAACCGGGACUCCCCGUUCGCAUGAGCACGCCGAUAGGGUGAUGGCGAUAGGUAGCUGCCGCUGAUCAGCUAGAGCUAGGGCGUUCGUAUUACCUAACCGAAAUUAUGAUCACAUGCUGUGGCUCAGUUCUAGCACAUAUCGCAUAUCAGAACUUAUCGCAUAUCGCACGAGCAGGUUGCGUUCUUGAGUUGAGAAAUGCGUUACCACUUAGCACCAACAUUACACUCGAUACCGUUCACAGGCCCACACCUGCAUGCGCAGAUGGCAGCAAGAAGCCGACCAAGAACGGCACAUACUUUCGUAACUCCAAAUCGGCCACGCUUUUCAAUCGAAUCGACAGGGAGAGACAUCGCAUCGACUUAAUGUGCACCAAGAGCUCAAUACUCUACCGAUAUACAUAUAUACAUAUAUCUGUAUCGUUUCGUUGUGUUUCGAAGUAAUUUUUGUACCAAUCGUGCUAUAGUGAUUAUCUACAAUUCUCUGUGUUAAGAAACUAGGAUUCGAGUUAUUAGUGUCGAGUUCAUUACCACAUAUUUUAUGUAACACAGCAAAACACGGAAAAAAUGGCAAACGC